AUUGUUGACAUCAUUCCUUUUUGUCUCCUGAAGAAAGUCACAAUGAUGCACCAAGCCAUUCUGUUGUGUAUUCUUGGCAUUACGUCGGCAACAAUAGUCCAAGAUUGUGGUUCGGUGGGCACUAUAGUGAGCAGUGACAUCGAAGACUGCGAGCUCCCGCCGUGCUUAGUCACGAGGCCCAACAACUAUGACGUCAACAUAACGUUCACACCAGGUAACGAGGUGACUGAACUCAGGACAGAGAUCGACGCAUACAUUGGCGGCCUGCAUUUCCCUUGGCCUGGACCCGGAGGCUGCGACCUUAUUGUGGAGGGCAGCUGCCCCCUUCACACAAAUGAACUGUAUAAAUAUCACGCCGCAAUGCCCGUCCUUGCCGAAUACCCUGCGCUGUCAGCGGUGGUGACAUGGAUGGUGAUCGACCAAGACGACCGGCACCAGGUUUGCAUCGCCUUUCCCAUCACCAUCGUGUGAGCAUUUCCGCCGCUCCUUUCGCCUGACCCCGUGCUCAAAGAACCAGAAGGAUUGUGAUAUUAGUAUAGGCCAUAUGACUAAGAGUACUUAGAAUAAUAAGCAAGUGGGAAAAUGUAGCCCUCUUGUCUGGAAAUUCAAUAACAUACUAAGAGAUUAA